CCGAGAUCCCAGAGAGGCCGCCAGGGAAGGGGGCGGGGGAGCCUUUUCUUCGGCCCUGGCGGCACCAUCCUCACCCCCUCCCCGCAUGUUGGUAUCUUCCACCCACCUUCCCACCACAGAGAAGCCGCUCUGCGUAGCCAAGGGAGUGAAGGCAUCUUUUCACAUUCGGAGGUGACCAAAUUGAAGGGGACAGAGACGGAAGAGUUGGCCCCUGCAGGGCCUGGACUUGGCAAGAGAGCAAGGAAAGACCCCCAUCCCGUCCAUGCCGGGAAUGGUGUUGCAUUGUGGGAGAGAGCUGUGCCAGAGGUCUGGGAUCGGGAGCCCCUGAACUCGGAAGUACUUUGCUGACGCUUCCGGCAGUUCUGCUCCCGUGAAGCUGAGGGGCCCCGAGAGGUUUGCAGGCAGCUCCAUGGACUUUGCAACCACUGGCUGAAGCCGGAGAGAAACACCAAGAAGCAGAUCCUGGACCUGGAGAUCCUGGAGCGGUUCCUGACCAUCCUGCCCCAUGAAAUGCAGUGCUGGGUGAGAGGAUGUGGGCCGGAGAGCAGCUCCCAAGCGGUGGCCCUGGCCGAGGGUUUCCCCCUGAGUCAGGCCGAGGAGAAGAGGCAGGCAGAACAGAGGUGGGGUCCAUCCGAGAAGAUGGAAGCUAAGUUGGAAAGAGCUCCGCUGGAGGAAGGGCAGCCGGGCCAGGCCCAGGAAUGUGCCCCAGAUGCCCUCUCACGUGGCAGUGAAGAGACACUCUUGAUCCGCCCUCUUUGCAGAGACAUGGAAACAGCUGCAGCUCUCCCAGUCCAGCCUCUGAUUUCCUUUGGGGAGGUGGCCGUGUAUUUCACCGAGGCAGAGUGGGCGUUGCUGGAUCCACACCAAAGAGCUCUUUACGAGGACGUCAUGCUGGAGAACUACUGGAGCGUGGCCUCUCUGGCAGCACAUGCAGAGGAGACAGUGGGGAUAUUCCAGGGGUCCUCUGAAGGGAAGUUUGAUGACAGUGACAGACCACCGAGGCAGGAGGGAAGCCAUGCAGACAAGACAAGGGAUAAGCCGGUUCAAUCCAAAGGAAAAGACUUCUAUGAAAUCCCAACAUAUAAGUGCACAGAGUGUGGAAUGAACUUCUCAGAUAAUAGUCAAUACGAGAUUCACUUACAAAUGCACAGUGGAAAGAAGACCCAUCAAUGCUUGGAGUGUGGCAAGACUUUCCUUUCCAAAGUAGAGCUCCUUAGGCAUCAAAUAAAACACAAAGGAGAGAAACUUUACAACUGCUCAGACUGUGGCAAGAGCUUCUUACAACAAUCAAAUCUUUUUCAACACCAAAAAACUCAUUCAAGAGAGAAGCCACAAAUCUACUUAGAGAGGGGAAUGACCCUCUCUGGUAAAAGAAAGAGUAAUGUACUCAUUCCAAAUAACAGUAGACUGAAGGCACAUAAAUGCUUUUGGUGUGGAAAGUUCUUCAGCUGCAGAUCAAAACUCCUUGCACAUAAAAGAAUCCACACAAAAGAGAGGCCUUUUGAAAGCACAGAGUGUGGAAAGAGAUUCACUUCGAGUAGCAUUCUUCAACAGCAUCAAAGAGUUCACACAAAGGAGAGGCUUUUUGAAUGCUCAGAGUGUGGAAAGAGAUUCAGUCGGAGUGGCAAUCUUCAACAGCAUCAAAGAACUCACACAAAGGAGAGACCUUUUGAAUGCUCAGAGUGUGGAAAGAGAUUCAGUCGGAGUAGCCAUCUUCAACAGCAUCAAAGAACUCACACAAAGCAGAGACCUUUUGAAUGUACAAUCUUCUCUGAGUUGUUUUUAAGGGCAACCCUUGGAAACCCGAAAGUUCAAUUGGUGAAUCUUUGUGAUAUUUUUGAGAGAGUGCAUUUGUCUGCUUUGCCCAGAGCACAUUGCCAUCAUGGAAGCAGGAUUUCACUAGUGCACAGAUACAACCUUAUCUCUACUUUAAGAGUUGUUUUUCAAAGCAGUAUGGGUCCAUUUCAAGUUAAUGGGCAAUGAUCUGUGAGCCAUCAAAGCAGCCAAACCUCCAAUAGUUUCAGCCACGCCUGAUCAACUCGGGCUUUGAAAACUUCCCCACCUUGGGAUUUGGGUAUCAUUUCUGACUCUUUCAGGCAGUAAACUUCAAAUUGCCCUUGUCAAAUCCAACUGUUUUUCUUGAACUAGUCCAGAAAUCCAGUCAUUUCCCCAUAAAAGUGGGAGCCCAUGACCAUGAGAAGGGUGGGCCAGGUUUCCCCCAUCCCAGGAGACCUGGCAACUGAUGUGCAGAGCUGUCUCUGUCUGAUCUCACAUGUGCUGCGCAGACUCUGCAGUUCUCAUCGGCUCACUUAGCUUGGAUCAGGUUGGAGAAGUGUUAGGUCUAGGACCGGUAGUCAAUAAACAGACUCCGGAAGUAGGAACAGUCGUGUUUAUUGAGUUGGCAUCGAGCACUCAUCACCGAGGAACCUGGGCCCUACAGCUGCAUUUAUCCCCUUUUUGCCCCCUCCCGUUCUCCCAGAGAACGUGUGGAAGAAGGAGGUGCAAAGGAAUUCGUUCUGAAGCUGGACGUCCCAAGGCCAGGACAGAGAUAGCCUCCUGCCAGACUUCCCCCACGGGCUCCAUUGCAUCCACCUCCACGCAGAAUGACAGGCAGGGUGAGCCCAGAGUUAUCUUCAUAUGUCAGCGCAGAGAGACAGAUCUAACAGGAAAGAGAUACCAUAUCAGAGGUUCAGUUACAGUGAAGGACACCGUUCCGCCCCGACACAAGACUCCCUUGCUGUAAGGGUCUGGUACUCCAGUCAGUAACAAGACUCAAGAAGGGUUCAAGAGCUUUAUUCAGAACUGUGUCAGCCCAAUGGCCAGGUCGUCGAAACUGGGAUUUCAACUCCCUGGCCACAGUAUAUCCCUGAAGGUCACAGCUGGGUUCAACCCAUAAAGCCCCCACCUUUGCAUUCCCCCAAUAUCAGCGUGAGAAAGACCAGCACUACAGACACAUUGUUUUGAGAAAGGCAAGUUACUCCCUAUGAAAGACAGAGAAGGAGAACCCGGCAAGCACUAUUGAACUAGUUACAUGCGAACAAAAGCAAGAGGCCCCGUGGCUGUGGGGCGGCGGAGAUGGCUGGACCCGCUGCAGCUGGUCUGCGUACGUGCACUCUGGCAGGCCAAGGAUGGCGCAGGCCUGACGCUCGCCCAGGAGUCACUCCUAGCACCUUGUUCUCUGCAUUCGUUGGAUGCCAGGAAGGAGCAAGCACGAGCAGGCGCCUUCCUGAGAGUAAGGAAUCUUUCAUGCCAGUGUAUGUGGAGAUCAGCCCUCAGCAGAACAUCCACAGAGAGGAACAGGAUGCAAAGGGAUGAGGGCUUCACAAGCAUGUGAUUCAAUUACGCAAACAUGCACACACAGAGCUCCUCAGAUACAGAUAGGUUGGGAAAUGGAUUUGGAAUAGAAAGAGGGUCUGGGGUAUGUGGGUAGUACGACCUCAUCACGAAGGAAAGAAGAUCCAGGGUUCAGAGCCAAACAGCCAGUGUCUGGUUCCCAGGGUUUUUUUCUUUUUUUUUUGGGGGGGGGGGUUUGCAACUGUAGGGCACAAUAAUAAAGACCUGACUGGGACUGGGCAAUUGGCCAUUUAAUCAUCAAUCUCCCCUUUCUGGGAUCCCUGCUUCCGCUUGCAAGAGAGGAUUGUGCAGGAGCAUUAUGAUACAGCAGCUCCUGCAGGUGAGGUCGAAAGGAAUGUCCUUCUCUCUGGAUGUUCUCCUGGAGUAUAGAGGUGCUGCUCUUAUGCCCCCUCAGUCUUCUACUCCAGCUUUUGGGGAAGUUCAAUAUCAGUGCAAGGAAACUGGGAAAAUAGAUGCGGCGGCAUCCCCCAUCUCCAGUUGUAUUCUAUGACAUGGCAGGAUAGCUGGAUAAACUAACUGGGUGUUUAUUCAUUUGCAUUGUUUAUAGUCUGCCUGUCUCAUUGGACUCAAGGCGGAGUAAUUCAAUAAAAUCAACAGCAUGGGACAUUAAAUAAACUAUGUCCCUGCGCAAUUGUCUUCUAUAUGCCAUAUGUUCAAACGUUGAUAAAGUUGUACGGUGUGCUGUCCAUUGCAUUAUGGGAGGUGGUUAUUUAUCUCGCCAG